UUGGAAUACAGCUGGUUGUUUGGCCUGUGACUAUUUAAAAUCUAUCAGCAACAUUCAAAAAUUGUAACGAAGUUGCCCAUGUGCGGUGAACCAUAUUCACAAGUGUAAACGACACUUAACGCCAACAAUUUGUAAACAAAUUUUAACAGUUGUACAGUAGGGAGGUUAGGUGCAAGUGGUUUAAAAAACUUUUUAUUUUUAAGUGAAGAAUUCGUUUUUUAGAGAAAUUUUGGAGUAAUUUUGCAAUACACAAGGUUGUAUUUUGAUUUCAUAAUAUGACUCAAAAUCAUUAAAAUUUUUCUCUAGGUGUACAUGUGGACUAUUAUUAAAUGGGCGCAAAUCAUAAUCAGAAACCAAAAUUGCUAUUUUAUUUAGCGAAGCUUAUUUUUCCUAAAACGUGGCAGUAUUGGAUUAUACUCAUGUACUUAAACUACCAAAGAAUUUCCAGAAGGAAGUAUAAAUAUAAUCUGGUUCAAGUACCAGAUGAGUUUAUUUUUUAUCAGACCCAAUCAUAUAACUGCUUCAAGGAUAUUAACAAUUCUAUCAUUGUUAACCCAUCAAGCACUUAUGACUGUGAUAGAUUAAUAACCUUAUUUCAUGAACCAAGUGAAAAAUGUAGAAUCGUUCAUGUAAUACAAUCACCACAAUGUAGUGAAAAUGAUAUUCUACUCAGUAGUGUAUUACACUUCAACUUGCAAAAUGCAGGAAUUGAGAAUGGAGUUAAUUUAAUGGGUUUAACUAAAGAACAGAUACAAUUUGCAGAUGAAAUUGAAGUGUCUUUUGUGAAAAAUCCUUGGGAAAUAAAUAACUCCUUAACAGAUGCCCUCUUGGAAAAAUAUUUUAGUACUCCCAAAAUUGUAAAGCAAGAUGACAUGAUUGAGAUAAAUAUCAAACAUUUUGCUGAGGAUUUUUACUAUUCACAUGACAAAUUAGAUGGAAUUGAGAAUGUGUAUUUCAAAUGCACAAAGCUGCGAGUUGGUAUGAAGGAAAGUAUAGAGAGUUGUUUCAGUAUCCCUGGAAAAACUGUCAUAAAAAGAAUGCUAGGUAUCCAAAGACUGAUUCCUAAGAAAUUUAAAAAAACUACUAAAUCAACUGGGCUGAGUGAAAUACCACUUGCCCCUUACGGAUUACAGGGUUUACUUGAUAUGAUGAAGAAAUCAGUUAAUCCCUUUUUGAAGCAAAAGAAAAUAAACCUCAAGCCAGUUUUUCUAGUGCAAGGACCCAUAGGUAGUGGAAGAGAAUUGCUUGUGACAACAUUAGCUUCUCAAUUAGGAAUGCAUUUUUACAAAGUUCAAAGUACUGAACUAAUGGCUAGUGUUUAUGUGCAAAAUGAAACAAAGCUGAAAAAUGUACUUUUCAAUGCCCGAAAUGGCGCCCCAUGUGUAAUGUUGAUAACAAACUUUGAGAAUUUCGGAAAAAAUAAUGAAAACCAAUUCGAUGAACGGUUGAUAACAGGUUUUGCUGAUGAACUAAAUGUACUCUUUGAAAACAACUUCAGACCAGUCCUCUUAUUUUGUUCAACGUCGUCUAAGACUACCCCAUUCAGUCUGAAAAAGCUGUUCAUAGACACGUUCGAAGUAACGUUGAACGAUACAGACAGAAAGGAGAACAUAAGGUGGAUAUUAGAAGAUAGAGGAUUGAAAACAGACAUGAACUUGGAGGAAAUUGAAAAUAAAACAAAAGGGUUAGUGUUUGAAGAUUUAAGGGCGUUGGUAUAUUAUGCCGAAGUAGAUGCUAGGAAAAGGAAUAACAAAGGGAACUGGUUGGGUCAAGACAGCAUCGACAAAGCUAUAGAUUUUAUGCAGGCUAUCUAUAGUGAAGGAAUUGGAGCACCUAAAGUACCGAAGGUCGAAUGGUCUGAUGUUGGGGGUAUGAACGAUGUCAAAGAAGAGAUAAUUAAAGUAAUAAAUUUGCCUUUAAAACACCCGGAACUGUUGAAAAAGUCGGGACUCGGGAGAUCAGGUAUACUGUUAUUUGGGCCUCCUGGCACUGGAAAAACCUUGAUAGCAAAAGCUGUGGCUACUGAAUGUAGCUUAUGUUUUUUGGCCGUAAAAGGACCAGAACUACUGAAUAUGUAUGUGGGCCAAUCGGAGCAAAAUAUAAGAGAAGUCUUCGAACGCGCUAGAGCUGCAUCGCCCUGUAUAAUAUUUUUCGACGAACUGGAUUCUCUUGCACCUAACCGAGGACUUUCUGGUGACUCAGGAGGUGUUAUGGACAGGGUUGUAUCGCAACUUUUAGCGGAGAUGAAUUCCCUGUCCGACUCGGGUAAUGUGUUCAUUAUUGGUGCUACCAAUCGUCCCGAUCUUAUAGAUCCUGCGCUAUUGCGACCCGGAAGAUUUGACAAGUUACUGUAUGUCGGUCCAUGUACAGAUGUGCAGUCAAAGCAGUCAGUUUUGACGGCUUUAACUCGAAAGUUCAAGAUUAAAGAAAAGACAAACUUGGCAGAUGUAGUAAACUCCUGCCCAGAGUACGUAACUGGCGCGGAUUUCUAUGGUAUGUGCGCAAAUGCUUGGUUUUCAGCUGUUAAAAGACUGGUCAAGAAGGUGGAAUCAGGUGAACUGUCUGAACACGAUGUAUCAUCCCAAGAUGUUGUUGUCAGCUCCAAUGAUUUUUCAGAUGCCUUGAAACACUUGACCCCUUCAAUCAGCGCUGAAGAUUUGAAGUACUUUGAGUCAUUACGAAAGGAACUUAGUUCAUAUAAGUAGCAAAUGGUUAUUUUUGUUGUGUUUAUCCGCUAUAUUUGUUACAAAGUAUAUUUAAAUAUAUAUUUGUUUUUAUCA